UAACGCGGCUGCAGCGGCGGCAGCGCGGGGCUUGUGGUGUUGCCGCCAUUCGCGUUCGCGGCUCUUCCCCUGCGCCAUGUUCAUCUACCUGAGCAAGAAGAUCGCAAUUCCUGGUAAUGUUCGAUUAAGAUGCAUUUCCUGGAAUAAGGAUCAAGGUUUCAUAGCCUGUGGUGGAGAAGAUGGGUUACUGAAAGUUUUAAAGUUAGAAACACAAACAGAAGAAGCAAAACUAAAGGGACUUGCAGCUCCUAGCAAUCUUUCUGUGAAUCAAACUCUUGAAGGUCAUAGUGGUUCUGUGCAAGUGGUGACAUGGAAUGAACAAUAUCAAAAAUUAACAACCAGUGAUCAAAAUGGGCUCAUCAUCGUGUGGAUGUUGUAUAAAGGUGCCUGGUAUGAAGAGAUGAUUAACAACAGAAAUAAAUCUGUUGUUCGAAGUAUGAGCUGGAAUGCUGAUGGACAAAAAAUUUGCAUUGUAUAUGAAGAUGGAGCUGUGAUUGUUGGAUCAGUGGAUGGUAAUCGUAUUUGGGGGAAAGAUCUGAAAGGUACACACCUGUGCCAUGUGACCUGGUCUUCUGACAGCAAAGUUUUACUCUUUGGAAUGGCAAAUGGAGAAAUUCAUAUUUAUGACAAUCAGGGGAAUUUUAUUGUGAAAAUGAAACUGAGUUGUUUGGUGAACCUAACUGGAGCAUUCAAUAUUGCUGGAAUACAUUGGUAUCAUGGUACAGAAGGCUACAUUGAACCAGGUUGUCCUUGUCUUGCUGUCUGUUAUGACAAUGGAAGAUGCCAGAUAAUGAGAGAUGAGAAUGACCAGAAUCCUGUUUUGAUCGACACUGGUAUGAAUGUAGUAUGUAUUCAGUGGAACCACUGUGGAAGCGUAUUGGCGGUGGCAGGCUCCCUAAAAACAACUUCUCAAGAUAAAGAUGUAAAUAUUGUGCAAUUCUACACUCCGUUUGGUGAGCAUUUGCGCACGCUGAAAGUUCCUGGCAAACAGAUGUCAGCCUUGUCUUGGGAGGGAAGUGGACUGAAAAUUGCACUAGCUGUUGAUUCUUACAUAUAUUUUGCAAACAUUCGGCCAGAUUACAAGUGGGGUUAUUGUUCGAAUACAGUGGUUUAUGCAUAUACUCGACCUGAUCGUCCAGAAUAUUGCGUAGUAUUUUGGGACACAAAAAACAAUGAGAAGUAUGUGAAAUAUGUCAAGAGCCUGAUUUCUGUAACAACUUAUGGGGACUUCUGUGUUUUAGCAACUAAAGCAGAUGAAAAUCAACCUCAGUAUGUGCUGGUUCUCUGUAAUUCCAUUGGAACUCCCUUGGACCCAAAAUAUAUUGAUAUUGGACCGUUGUUUGUCACAAUGACCAAAACACAUGUGAUAGCAGCUUCAAAAGAAGCAUUUUACAUCUGGCAGUAUCGUGUUGCAAAGAAGCUCACAGCAAUGGAAAUUAAUCAGCUAGCACGGACCAGAAAAGAAGGCAGGGAAAGGCUUUAUCAUAUUGAUGAUACCCCUUUGGGAUCUGCAGAGGACCGUCUUGAUUAUGUCAAAGCCAUUGAAGGAACAAGAGAUCCAAUUUGUGCAAUAACAGCAUCGGAUAAAAUACUACUUGUGGGAAGAGAAUCUGGCACUAUUCAGAGAUACAGCCUUCCUAGUGUUGGCAUAGUUCAGAAGUACACCCUGAACUGCCGGGCAUAUCAGCUGUCUUUGAACUGCAACUCCAGUCGUGUUGCUAUCAUAGACCUUUCAGGUGUUUUGACUUUCUUUGACCUGGAUACACGGGUAGUAGACAGUACAGGACAACAAGUAAUAGGUGAGCAGCUGAAGUUGGAACGCAAAGAUGUCUGGGAUAUGAAAUGGGCCAAAGAUAAUCCAGAUUUGUUUGCAAUGAUGGAGAAAACAAGAAUGUAUGUUUUCAGAAACUUGGAUCCUGAGGAACCUAUUCAAACUUCCGGAUAUAUUUGCAGUUUUGAAGAUUUAGAAAUCAAAUCUGUUCUUCUGGAUGAAAUAUUAAAGAAUCCUGAACAUCCUAACAAAGAUUAUAUCAUCAAUUUUGAAAUUCGGUCAUUACGAGACAGUCGAGCACUGAUUGAGGAAGUUGGGAUUGAAGAAUCUUCCCAGUUCAUAGAAGAUAAUCCACAUCCCAGACUUUGGCGUCUCCUGGCUGAAGCUGCUCUUCAGAAGCUCGAUCUGCAGACUGCUGAGCAAGCUUUUGUACGCUGCAAAGAUUAUCAAGGUAUUAAAUUUGUCAAGCGUCUAGGCAACCUGCAGAGUGAGUCAAUGAAGCAAGCAGAAGUGGCAGCCUAUUUUGGCAGAUUUGAAGAAGCUGAAAGAAUGUAUUUGGAUAUGGAUAGAAGAGAUCUUGCCCUUGGACUACGGAUGAAACUGGGAGAUUGGUUUCGUGUAUUGCAGCUGUUGAAAACAGGCUCAGGUGAUUCUGAUGAUGCCCUUCUUGAACAAGCACACAACGCUAUUGGAGAUUAUUUUGCAGACCGUCAGAAAUGGAUAAAUGCUGUACAAUAUUAUGUACAAGGACGAAACCAGGAACGUUUAGCCGAAUGUUACUACAUGUUAGAGGAUUACCAGGGACUGGAGAAUCUAGCUAUCUCACUUCCAGAGAAUAAUAAAUUGCUUCCUGAUAUAGCUCAUAUGUUUGUAAGAGUGGGGAUGUGCGAACAAGCUGUGUCUGCCUUUCUGAAAUGUAAUCGACCGAAGGACGCAGUAGAUACUUGUGUGCAUCUCAACCAAUGGAAUAAAGCUGUGGAGCUGGCUAAAAAUCACAAUAUGAAAGAGAUUGGAUCCUUGUUAGCUAGAUAUGCAACUCAUUUGCUGGAAAAGAAUAAAAUCCUUGAUGCAAUAGAACUUUAUCGUAAAGCCAAUUAUUUCUUUGAUGCUGCUAAGCUCAUGUUCAAGAUUGCAGAUGAAGAGGCAAAGAAAAGAGCAAAGCCAUUGCGAGUUAAAAAGCUGUAUGUAUUAUCAGCUUUACUUAUAGAACAGAGCCAUGAACAAAUGCAAAAUGCACAAAGGGGAAAGGUUAAAGGAAAAAAUUCAGAGACAGCUUCAGCUUUGGCUGGUCUGCUAGAAGAAGAUGUCCUUUCUUCAGCUAAUCGCUUUGCAGACAAUGCUUGGCGAGGAGCUGAGGCUUACCAUUUUUUUAUACUUGCACAAAGACAGCUCUACAAAGGUUCUGUAGAUGCAGCACUCAAGACAGCCCUUCAUUUACGGGAUUAUGAGGACAUUAUACCUGCUGUUGAAAUUUAUUCCCUUUUGGCUCUCUGUGCAUGUGCACAUAGAGCAUUUGAUAUUUGUUCAAAAGCCUUUGUUAAACUGGAAUCCUUGGAAACUCUCAGCCCAGAACAGAGGCAACAGUAUGAAGAUCUUGCUCUAGAGAUAUUCACAAAGCAUUGUCCUAAGUAUAACAAAAAAUCCGAUCUGGAUGAUGUUCUUGAGAGUGGAGAUGGAAAACUUCCCGUAUGUGUUGCAACAGGAGACCCUAUCAUGGAGUAUCGAUUCUGGAUGUGCAGUGUGUGUAAGCAUUGUGUGAAAGCCAAAGAAAUAAGCAAUUAUAACUUUUGUCCUCUGUGCCACAGUCCUGUAGCAUAACAGGGAGUAAAGCGAUUUGUUUAAUCAACUAAGGAAACCAGUGUGAACCCUCAGACUGGAAGCUGGUAAUAGGCUACUUUUUAUAAGUAGCUUGAAGUGAGCAGCUUACAUCUGCUAAGCAGAUCUCAAGAGCUGUAACUGUCAUCCUCAUUAUACAUGAAGAUUGAAAGGACACAGAGUCUCAUUUAGAAAUAAGCUUUACUAUUUUACUAGAUUUUAACCACUGCUUCGAUGGUACAGUAUGGAAGUGUUGCAGGUCACUUAUCCAUGGUAUGAGUUUUCUCCACAAAGACUCAGCACUUGACUGGUAAUGUUCACAAGCAUUAAACUUCAUUUUGUAUGUUGUUUGUUUUUUGAGGAAAAGAUUGUGAGGAGUCUUGUUUCUCCUAGCAUUUCUUUCGGAGCAAAUAAUACAUGUCUUUCAAUAUUCUUUUAUGGA